UGACACUCUGGGCCCCUCCCCAGUAGGCCAGUUAAGUAAUCCCCCCAUGAGUGGGUGGGCUCUCUGUCAGCUACAGGUGACCCUUCACAGACUCAAGGUGUUCAUGUCAGAGUCAAGGGUCCCCUUUUUCAUUUCUGGAGCAGGUCACGUCCUUCCUGGGUCUGGGAUGACAACAAAAAUCAUUCACUUCUUGGUUAAUGGGAGGCCGGAGCAAGCAGAGUUUGGAGCCGACUGCUCUGCUGCAGAUGUCAAAGAUCUGUUCCGGGCGGCUGCGGAGGCAGGGCCUCACCACAUCCUGAAGUUGUACAACACAAACGGCGGCGUGGUGAACAUCUCCCCCCUGCUGGAAGCCAACAGCGAGGACUCGUACUACCGACUGGAGGUGGUGGCGUCAAAUCUAAAGAGUGUGGGGAUGCCAAAAGAGCUGGACACCAUGGAAUACAGGCUGCAUUAUCUGGAGAGCAAAGUCAAUGAAGACUUGGGGAAGACUCCGACUAUCAUCUCUGAUCUGAAGAGCCAAGUGGAGUCUUUUAAGAGGAAGCUGGAGAGUGUGGAGCACCUGAGCUGGAUGGGUCUAUUUAAGGAGGACAGCGACCAACAGCUCUCCAAGUUGUCCCCAAAACCCCAAACCUCUCAGCUAAGCAUGCAUGAGGAGCGCCAACAAGUCCGCAGGGAGUUCCUCAACAUGAGCACGCUGCAGGUGACAGAAGAAGUGAGAGAGCAUCUGAAAACUCCCAUUUUUGACAACUGGCAGUGGGAGGAUGCGGAGAUGCUGGUGCUCCUCCAGGUGAUGUUCACCGACCUGGAGUUCCUGACGGCGUUUCACAUCGAGCUGGACGUCCUGCAGAACUUCCUGUUUAAGGUCUACUGCCACUACAACAGCAUCCCCUUCCACAACUUCAGGCACUGCUUCUGCGUCACUCAGAUGAUGUACGGGCUCAUCUGGCUGACAGACCUCCAGAGUAAAAUAGCAAGAAUCGACCUGUUGAUCAUGUUGACCUCGGCUCUGUGCCACGACCUCGACCACCCCGGCUACAACAACGUCUACCAGAUCAAUGCUCAGACCGACUUAGCUCUUCGCUACAACGACAUUUCCCCCCUGGAAAACCACCACUGUGCCGUCGCCUUCGGCAUCAUGUCCAAGCAAGAGUGCAACAUCCUAAAAAACCUGACCUGCGAGCAGUACAAAUACAUCCGAGGAGGAAUGAUUAAAUGUAUUCUGGCCACCGACAUGGCGAGACACAACGAAAUUCUCAACAAGUUCAAAACAAUGCGGCCGGUGUUCAACUUCACGAACAAGGAGCACAAGGAAGUGCUGAUGAACAUCAUGGUGAAGGUGAGUGACAUCUCCAACGAGGCGAGGCCGAUGGCCGUGGCCGAGCCCUGGCUGGACUGUCUGCUGCAGGAGUUCUUCAACCAGAGCGACACAGAGAAACUCAAAGGGCUCCCAGUGACUCCUUUCAUGGACCGAGACAAAGUGUCCAAACCGUCCUCUCAGACCAACUUCAUCCGAUUUGUCCUCCUGCCGCUCUUCAGUGAGCUCACCAAGCUGUUCCCCUGUCUGGAGCAACAUAUUCUGGAGCCGGUGCGACGGGCCCUGGAGUAUUACUCUGACCUGGAGAGAGCCAGCAAGGAGGAGGAGCGGACGACCAAAGCAUGAGGAGGAGGAAGAGGAGGAGGAGAUUCAAUACUAGCAGUGUUAGAGGACGUUAUGAAUCAUUUGAAAUUUUAUAGAGGAAUGUCAGAGUUUUAUAAUUAGUCAAAUUCUCCUGAAUAUCUUCUGUACAUGUUAUAUUUUUGGAGUAGUUGGGAAUAUGAUAUUUUUAGAUGAGGUUUCUGACAGUGAUGAGAGGUAAAGAUGUGAUGUUUUCUUUGUUUCUCAUUUGACAUGUUGUAUUUUAACUCUUAAAACAUUAACAUAUUCAAGACACCUUGAAAUUAAACUUAAUUAUUACUUUUACUUUAUAAAAGGUUUGUUUUUGCU